GGACGUUGGGAGGUGGUCCCCGAAAAAGUCAAAGCGCCAGAUUAUACAUCUCCGUUACUUGCCUGCAAGUCUACGUUUGGGUCACAAUAAACCCUCUUCUGUCACAGUCCGCAUGCUCGAGCUGGUUCUUCACACACUCGUGUAGUGACCCAGGACCCACCGAGUCCUGAGGAACUACAUUGACAAGAUGGCAACCAAAGCGAAACGACCCAAGGUCGAUGAUGGUUUAGAGAUGAAUCCGCUGCAGGACUUUCUACAGUGGUGCAACAGAGUCGGCUUGGUACUCAGCAAUAAGGUGUAUCUGAGCAAAGAGGGAACCGUGGCCGAGUACGGGAUGCUGGCUGAGGACAACAUAGAGGAGGGAGAGGUUUUAUUCACCAUCCCCAGAUCGGCUCUUCUCCACCAGGAAACCACCGAGGUCUCCGUCGUGCUGAACAAAGAGAGCUCGUCUCUGGAGAGCUCGUCCGGCUGGGUUCCCCUGCUGCUGACUCUGCUGUAUGAAUACACAUCUCCACAGUCCCAUUGGAAACCCUACCUCUCGCUGUGGACCGACUUCAAUACGCUGGACCACCCCAUGUUCUGGUCUAAAGAGGAGAGAGACGGACUGUUGAGGGGAACAGGUGUUCCCGAUGCUGUGGACACAGACCUGGCUAACAUUCAGAGGGAAUACACAGACGUGGUUCUCCCCUUCAUCGCCAAGCAUCCCGACCUGUGGAACCCCGACACACACACACUGGAGCUGUACACAAAGCUGGUGGCCUUCGUCAUGGCCUACAGUUUCCAAGAGCCACAGGAAGAGGAGGAUAGUGAAGACGAGGACGAGGACGAAGAGGAGAAGGCCCUGAACCCACCGAUGAUGGUUCCCAUGGCCGACAUGCUUAACCAUGUGUCCAAUCACAAUGCAAAUCUGGAGUUUACACCGGGCAGUUUGAAGAUGGUUUGCGUACGCCCCAUCCGCAAAGGCGAGGAGGUGUUUAACACCUACGGGCAGAUGGCCAACUGGCAGCUGCUGCACAUGUACGGCUUCACGGAGCCUUACCGGAGCAACGGCAACGACACCGCCGACGUCCCCGUCGGCAACCUGUACAAGGUCGCAACGCAAGGUGUUCAGUCCGAUAUGGACCGGCAGCUGGCGGAGGAGCAGCGGGAGGUGCUGUGUCGGAUGAUGCAAGAGAAAGGAGCCAUCGUCUUUGGCAAACAGGGCUGCCUGACGGACGCGGAGCUCCAUACUGUGCUCAAGGUGCUGUGCAUGUCAAAGGAGGAGUUCUCAGAGUUCAAAGAUAAUGAAGGCUGGGAGGAAGAUGAGGAGGACGAGAUUUCCCUCGCCUUCUCUAACGAGGGUCUCCCCGGGUUAAAGGCUUCGUGGAAAAGGCUAAUUCAUGAAGCAGCCCGCAUGACUGUGAGGUCCUAUGGAGACAUGGAGGAGGAGGAGGGUGGUGUGAAGAGCGACCAGGCGCUGAUGGAGGACAAGGCGGCGUUUGAAGGACUGAGCAGCAGGAAGCAGCAGGCGCUGCAGGUCCGCUGUGGACAGAAGAGCAUCCUGCACAGACUGAUGGAGCUCACUGAGUCACGACUCCAGCUGCAGCAGUGAGGCACACCGCUGGAGGACUUUUUAUUUUUUUGCUUAUUUAAAAAAAAAAAAAUGUAUCUCAAUGUUGAAACUGAAAUAUCUAAAAUCGCUGUCAAUAGUUUUUUUCCUGACGACAGAUUUGAUUUUCAACAGUCCUUGUUUUGCACUCCCGUUAAUAUACACCAUCAGUGUUGAUAAGCAAGAUGUUGUCAUCUGUUCAUGCAAUAGGGAUCAUUAUGACUGCAUCAUUUGCAAAAUAAAUACGUUUCUAUACUUUUCUAAAUAUGCAAAUGUGAUCUUGCUGUGAAUCAGAAACCUGAGAAUUAGAUUUGUUUUUUAGCAUAUAGUAGAAAUUGAGUCUUUGUGCAAAUGUCAAAAGUGAACCAAUGCAGGUGUCAGUAGCUCCACUUUGAACCUGUUUAGACUUUAUAAGCAGUGGUGUAACGGACCACUGUCGGUCCGUGAAUCGUACUGAUCCCCCCUCACGAUUCGGAACGCGUGUGAUCAUGUUACUAUUCAGUAACAUGAUCAGGACAUCAGCAUUCAUGCUUUUCUAAUUUCCGAUCUGAUAAUAUUUCAUUAUAAACAACCACUCCAUGUUUAAAUUGACGAGAACAGAGUUCAGUGACAUUAAAAUGACGUGUUCACAUAUCUCAUAAAAUGUAGUUUUGGUGAGGAACUUGAAUAAAUCCAGUUUGAAGAUGUAUCUGCUACAACAGAUAUUAUAGAGGGAAUUAUGAGCCAUUUAACUUCCUAAUACUGGCUCUAAACAGAUAAUACAUCAUUCAAGCUACUAUUGACAAGAUUUU